AUGUCUAAUUUGAAGAAAAUCUAGUAUCACUCGCUAGAAUUCAAGUAAUUCAUCAAGAAGUAUGAUCUUGUGUUCUCUCCAAGAACCACUCUGUCUAAAUAAAGAGAGCAUGAUAGCAUUAUUACUAAUCAGUUGAUAAAGCACUUCGAUCCAUUCACAGUCAAUUUUCUCAAGAAAGAUUUUGACAUUCAUUAAGGCAGAGCUACAAAACCUCAGUUUAUUGGAUGUCUUAAAAAUCAUUUGCUAUAAUGGCAACCAUAAGCAGAGAAUAGAUAAGAAAGACUAAUGAAGUAUCUGUCUAUUAUAUAUGAUGAGAUUGAUUUAUUGGAUAAUAAGAUCAUUACUUGGGAGGAUUUUUCUAAUUAUCUGAUAAGCAAAGCCUCAACUAUUGGUGGGCUAGUAGGAGGAUCAAAGGGUGCUGGUAAAGCAAUGUCAAGUAUUGCCUCAGCUGGUGGAUCAGAUGAUAUUGCAAGUAUGUCCUCAGCAAUGGGCUCUGUGGAAAAGAUCAAGAGUUUUAGUCUGACUAUGGCUGUAAAUGUGCCUCCUAAAGACAAAGAUAAGCAUAAACGAGAAUCUAAUAAGGGUAGUGGAGGAAGUUCAACAACCAAUGGCGAAGGAGAAAGUGGUGAUAAAGGAAGUGGGGACAAAGGUAACAAGAAGAGCUCACUUAGCGGGGUUAAAGAUGAAGGCAAAGGCACAACCUUACACAAAGCUGUAUUCAUAUAAGAACUGGAUAAGAUUGCAUUGGUAGAGGAAAGAUCUGAUACCAUCUAAUUUAUGAAUGCAAGGACAGGUGAAAGAGGCUGCAAAGAUCUAGAUUGUGGUGCAUCUGGUGGUGGAGGUGGUAAAUCUGGUGGUUUCAACUAUUCAUAAUUCAAGAAAAAGAUCAUCGUUAUGAGUCUAAUAUACUUACGGCUAGAAGACUACAAUAAUUUGCUUCUCAUUGCAACUGAUGACAGCUUAAUUAGAGCUUGGUACUAUAAUGGAAAUCAGUUUGCUCCUGUUAAUCCUAUUAUUAACGAUGAGGCCCAUGAAGGUGAUAUAAAGAUCCUAAAAGCUAAACAGCCUUAAUAUUGCAUGGCCUGGGAUGAUGUUCACUAAAUGCUAUACUCUGGCUAAAGAGAUGGAAUGAUUAAUGUUUGGAAUUUGAGACAGUCAAAACCAGUGGGAUUCCUUGGAACAAGCACUGAUGUUUAAUCUGUUGUGGCUAAUAAAUCUGCAUUCAUGAAAUCAAGUAUGCAAAAUCAUUAACCUACUAGCAAUACUGAGGCUACUCCAAUGAGCAUAUCAUCACCAAAUGGGGAUAAUCUCUUUGGAAAUUUCUAAUCAACUAUCCUAAAAGACAACUUUGGUCAUAAAGAUAUAGUAACAGAGUUGCUUAUGCUACCAAAACUUUAAUAUCUUGCCUCCUGCUCAUUAGAUAAAAAAGUUAUUCUAUGGGAUACAAUCACAGGCGAACAAAAAAGAGUGUAUACAGAGCACACUAUGGGUGUUGUAUCUAUGACAUUCAACAGUGAACAUAUAUUGCUAUUUAGUGCAGGAUUUGAUCAUGAUAUCUAUGUUUGGAACCCUUACAUAGACAAUCCAGUUUUCAAGGUUCAGGCUCAUAACGCCCCGAUAGUUUGUGUAUUUGCAAUUGAUCACACCCCUCAGCUUAUAUCAUCUGAUGCAGAUGGGAUAUGCAAAGUCUGGGAUAUCAGAACUUUUGAAUGUGUUUAGACCAUUAAUGUUCAGGAGAACUUUGAGCAAUAUAAAUUCAACCUAUCCUACAUGCUUCCAAUCUGGUAGCACAAAAGACUCCUGAUUGCAGGUAGACAGUUACUCUUCUUUGAAUAUGACAAGAAUCAGAAUCCAAGUCUUGCUGAUGAUCAAGCGCCAUUAUGCUGCGAGUAUAUUCACAAUACUCAAGAAUUCUAUACACCAGUAUUAGACUCAGUUAAAGUCUGGAAUGCUCUAAACGGAAGUAUUAAGCACAUAUUCAAGAAUGACAUAGUUAGCAAUGGUGCUGAAAUAACUGCUUUUUGCAUGGACCUAAACUAGAAGAGAUUUAUAAUUGGAGACUCAAAGGGAUAGCUUAAGGUAUUUAACUGUGUUACUGGAGAGUUAAUGAAGACCUUACAAGAGCAUCAUGACUGCGAGAUCCUUAAUUUGAUGGCAGUGAGAACUAAGGAGAUGUCAAUGGUAGUGUCAGUGGGAUCUAAUUCAGUGAUUCAGCUGCAUGAAGAUGAUUCACUCACUGGAACACCUGCAGUGAGAAGAACCAUUAAUAUAGCAAACUAUGAGAUCUAGACUGCCAAAGUUUAUAUCUUUGAUGGAUAAGGGUUUCAUAACCCUAAUGAUAAAAGCGUUGGACUUGGAAUGAAGUAUCUGAUAGUUGGCCUGAAUAAAGGAUAGAUCAAAGUCUAUGAGCUUGAAACUGGCAGACCUGAUGCCUCAUACCCUGCUUACUUUGAUUCGAGCGACUUAAAUGAAGUUUAUGCUUUGAAAACAAAACCAUUUUUCUUUACAACUGAUAAUCAUGGUCUGUUGACUUUGUGGAUAGGACCUCCUUGCUUAAACAAAUACUAAAAGUGCUUCGAAAUGUAGAAUAUUGACCCUGAUAAAAACGAGCCAGCUGCAGUUAACUGUAUAGCCUAUGAUGAGAAAAACGAUAUACUGUAUAUUGGUGAUGAAAGAGGCAACAUCUCAGCAUUCUUAUUCAAAGAUAUCAUAAGCUAAGUCGAAAUAAGAGACCCAACAAACAAGUCUCAGCAUUACAAUAUGCAUCAGAAUCACACUUCGAUUAAUCUGACCAAUUAGAAUGACUCUAGCUCGAUUAAUCUGAAUUCAUCAAGGAAACCACAUUCAUCUUCUCUUGAUGAGUUUACAUAUAGUCAAUAUCAAACAGCUCCUAUCAUGUGGAGAACCAAAGAGCACAUUGAGAGCAUAAGACACCUUAACUUCUUAACGAAAAUCAAGAUUUGGGAUAGUUCGACUGGGCAACAUAUCGAUUCAUUAAGAAAGGGAAAUUCAGAUGAGUCUUACCCUAUUAACUACAAAGAGAAAGCAUCUGCUGGAGCGAAAUUAAGCUUUAAAGUGACUACUGGUACCGGAAGUGCUAAGAGUGGUAAUGGGAAUAACUCCAAGAAACUGAUUGGAGUUGACUUUGAGGCUUUGAAGAGAAGAGUCGAGAGCAAUCCAGCUAUAGAGAAGAUAAAAGAGACUAUUGUUGAAAAUGAAAAAUCAACUGAAUGGAAGCUAUUUUUAGAUGUUGAUAGAAUUCAAAAUGACUAGAAGACCUAUAUCGAAAGUGUUAAAAAGUAAAUAUCUGAUGCUGAAGACUAAUUGAGAAACGGUACUAAUGAUGGAGGCAGAGGAUUUGCUUUCAAGCAAAAUUAGAUGGACAUUGAGAUGCUUGGCAAAGUGUUCAAUAUUUAUCAGCAAAAAGCCAAUGAAAUCAUCCAGAAAUCCCAAACUAUACAGAACCUAGCUGCGAGUAGAUUCAAUGAUCAAAGCGCUUCAAUGGGCCAAGCGAAUAGAUUCCUCAUGCCAUCUAAUUCACAACCCCUUCUAAACUUAAAGAACCCAAAUCAAGGUAUGUUUGGUAAUGCUAGCAAAAGUCUUGCACAGAAUAGCAUCAAUAUCAAUAACAAUAAUAGCAGUGCUCUUUCUCAAUACCCAAAUCAGUCUUCAUUUAUGAUGAGUUAGGCUAUGAUAGGUGGUGGAUUAGGAAUAGUUGGACAAGUCAAGGCUGAGUUAAACAAAGUUGAGGAAGGCAUUGCUCCAAGAAGGAAGAGAUUCAUUGAGUAGAAGGAGAGUUUAGCCACUUAGAAGUUGCUAUAUCCAUCCAAAUUCAGAAAAGACCCCUAUAGGAACAAAAUUAAUCAGCAGACCUAAGACGGGCACUCAGCUACUAAACUGCCUUCUAUAAUGAAAAGCAAAGUGAACUCAAGUGGUCAAAUGCUAAUGGGUAUGAUGGGUAUCAAGGAGAAGAGAAUUCCAAGAAAUGUUAGCGAAGCAGCUCUUAGAUUUAUUUCUGCUCUUGACAAAGUUGAAAACGAAUUAUGA